AUGUGGCAUCACUUGAAAAGACCGUGGAGUUGCAUUAUCGGGUUGGGUUGUCAGUUCAUCAUACUACCAGCUUUGGGUCUUGGACUGUGUACUGGUCUCCACUUGCCACCGUACCAGUCCUUAGGCGUGCUAAUCGUCACUUGCAGUCCAGGAGGUGCCUUCUCUAACUUCUUCACUUACUGGGCAGAUGGUGACCUCGCCCUUAGCAUCAUGAUGACUGCAAUUUCCUCUAUGGUGGCAUUCGGUGCAAUGCCACUUAAUCUGUGGCUAUACACACAAACCUGGACGAACCAAGAGUUGCGUGUACCGUACAUGAACAUUCUUCUAAGUCUGGCGUUUGUCACGACACCUGCUGUCGUUGGAAUGGUCGUCAGGCACUAUAAUAGGAAGUGGGCCAAUUAUAUUUCGAAGGUGUGUGGUCUCCUUGGGUGGGUGGGCGCCAUAACAUGCGGUGUGAUGCUCAUCCUCAUGUACUGGGAUGCCAUCGUUAACACUUCCGUCUUCCUUGCGAUCGCAGCAGCAGUUGUACCCCUCUCUGGAUUCAUCAUCGCCUAUUUCAUCGCCAAAGUCGUAUGCUUUAAUCACAAAGUGUGCCGUACUGUUGCCAUAGAGACUUCAUGUCAAAACAUUGUGGUAGCUACCAAUGUUAUGCUGCUCUCCUUCCCUUGGCCUGAGAUCCGUGGACAGCUCGUGAUCUUCCCUGUACUGUACGGUCUCUGUCAGCUAGGGCAGAUGCUGACAGGGAUUGCCAUUUUCCAGGUGUGGAUGUUCAUACAUCGAGAUGAUGUCACUGAAGAGGAUAUCACAUCAGUGGUAGAUAAUACGAUUCUCACCAGCAUACCCGUCCCUGCCCAUAAAACAUCUCAA